AUGUCUAAUCAGCAAAUAGCUCAAGAAUUGACAACCAAUUUAAGAAAUGUCAAGAUUCAACUAGAUACAGUUUCUCAACAGUUAAUGCAUUUAGAAACCCAAGAGAAAUUGGCUGAAGUUACAACAAAGGAAUUAGAGUCAUAUCCAAACGAUCAGAUAUGGAAAGCAUGUGGGAAAGCAUUUGUGCUUCAAGAUAAAUCUAAAUAUGUCACUGAUUUGAAAGAAGAUGUUGGCACCUUAAAAGAACAAAAGAAGGCAUUAAAUAUAAAGAGAGACUAUUUGGAUACUACACUUGAGAAGACAGUUGAUGGUUUGAAGGCAAUAAUGACCCAGAAAUAA